AAUGAAUAAACAAUUGAACAUUAAGGGGAAAAAAAAAUGAAAAAAAGAGGUAGGGUGGCAAGUAAAAAGAGCGAAACUACAGCAAUGAAAAGGCUAAAACAAGGGCUUUAUAAAACUAAGUAUAGGGAGAUGGGAAAGGGCACACUGUCCAGCGUAUCUCAUAUGACACCAACUCUCUCCUUCAUGUGACUUGCUUCUCUUCAUACAGGCAAGCAUCAAUGUCAUCUCCUCCUCCUCGUCCUCCUCCUCGCUUAUUCUUGAUUCUUUUCUUGCUUGUUUCCACUUCCUCUUUCCUCUUCCAGAUCUCCUCUGCAGCCCAUGAAGAUGAAGAUCAUGAUAUAGACGUAAAUCCAAACCUCAAGUUUGAGAACCCUAGGAUCCGCAGAGCCUACAUUGCCUUGCAGUCAUGGAAACAAGCCAUCCAUUCAGACCCAUUCAACUUCACGGCCAACUGGAAGGGCUCAGACGUGUGCUCUUACAUGGGGAUCUUUUGUGCUCCAUCUCCCCAGAACAAGAAAGUAAGGGUGGUGGCUGGCAUUGACCUCAACCAUGCUGACAUUGCUGGCUACCUCCCUACCGAGCUCGGCCUUCUCACCGAUCUGGCACUCUUCCACAUCAACUCCAACAGAUUUUGUGGAGUGGUGCCCAAUAGUUUCAGCAAAAUGAAGCUUCUACAUGAGCUGGACCUCAGCAAUAAUCGGUUUGUGGGCAAAUUUCCGAAGGUUGUUCUCUCAUUGCCUUCCCUCAAGUACUUGGAUCUGCGCUUCAACGAGUUUGAAGGUUCUGUGCCCUCCCAGCUCUUUGACAAGCCUCUUGAUGCUAUCUUCUUGAACGACAACAGGUUCCAGUUUGGCAUCCCAGAGAAUCUUGGGAACUCUCCUGUUUCUGUUCUUGUCUUUGCGAACAACAACCUUGGUGGGUGCAUUCCAGGCAGCAUCGGAAAGAUGGGCAAAACCCUGAACGAGAUCAUUCUCAUGAGCGACAAUCUCACUGGAUGCUUGCCUCCCCAGAUCGGGAUGCUCAAGGAAGUAACUGUUUUUGACGUGAGCUUCAAUCAUCUUCAAGGCUCUCUUCCUUCCAGUAUUGGAAACAUGAAGAGUGUUGAGCAACUUGACAUUGCACACAACAGUUUCACAGGUGUUAUACCUGCCAGUGUUUGCCAGUUGCCUAACUUGCAAAACUUCACCUUUUCUUUCAACUAUUUCACUGGCGAAGCUCCUAGCUGUGCUGCUAUCGGAGGCAUCUCCAAUGGUACCCAGAAUUGUAUUCCUGGAAAGACAAAUCAGAGAUCAGCCAAGCAAUGUUCUUCUGAAGCUGCACGCCCUGUUGACUGCAGCAAGUUCAAAUGCGGUGGCAGUGGUGGCGGAGGUGGAAGUGGCUCUCCAUUAACACCACCACGACAGCCGCGGAGAGGUUCUCCAGUUAGAAGGCCAGCACCAAAUCCUGCACCCAUUAGAAAGCCAUUCUUUGCAUCCCCACCACCACCCACUUCCAAGUCUUCACCUUCCACCAGAUCACACCCUCCACCACCUCCUACAAGGUCUUUCCAUCCGCCGCCAUCUCCACAUUUUGCAUCCCCACCACCGCCUAGUAAAAAAGUGUCGCCCAGAACACAUCUUCCACCACCACCGCCUCCACCACCAUCUCCACCUCCACCUGUAAAGCAACAGCCACCAACUUAUCACCGUAUACCGCCGCCACCAUCUUCUCCUCCUCCACCCAGCCAUUACCAUUCAAAUCAUGCAGCACCGCCACCUAUCAAAAAAGUCUCACCCGGUACACAUUACCAUGUACCACCACCCCCGCCUUACCAUCAAUACCAAGCACCACCGCCACCAAAGCAGUCAGCUGAAGUUCCAGCACCUAGUUACCACCCUAACUGUCCACCACCACCACCCCCUCCACCAACAAAUGGAUAUGCACAUUCUCCUCCUCCAACCCAGUCCACAGCUCCAGUUCCAUCACCAGUAAAGUACUACCCACCCAAAGCAGCUUCGAGUCCACCUCCACCUCCAUUGUGUCAGACGCCACCAUCACCAAGUUACCACACUACCUCUCCACCACCACCCCCUCCACCAACGAGUGGAUAUACACAUUCUCCUCCUCCAACCCACUCUACAGCUCCAGUUCCAUCACCAGUAGAGUAUUACCCACCUAAAGCAGCUUCCAGUCCACCUCCACCUCCAUUGUAUCAGACGCCACCAUCGCCGCCGCCGCCUUCACAAGAACCAUGGCUUCCCCUACCACCUCCACCAUCAACUGGAUGUAUCACUCCAGAAUCGCCGCCGCCACCUACGCCAAGCUACCACCACCCGCAAUCACCUCCACCACCCCCUCAUCAACAACAAUGGCAUUAUCCACCAUCAAUAUCCCAUCAACAAAGUCCUCCGCCACCUCCCCAUAAUUCAUACGCAUCACCACCACCACCACCGACUCUAUUGCCGCCGCCGCCGCCAGCAAUUGAGAACACAGUUCCACUUCCACCGAUUGUAGGAGUAUCGUAUGCAUCUCCUCCUCCCCCAACAAUUCCCUACUACUAAGAGGCAGGUUGCUGGCAGGCAUGAGAUGAUAUAUUACAAGGAUUAAUGGCACGGUUUCUAAUUUUUUUUUCUUCUAAUAUUGUUGCACAAGGAGAAGGAUGAUUAAGAAGAUGUGAGUCACAGGUGAGUCGGUCAUGUUGAGAAAUAUUCUUUUGCGUCUGCAACAUUGACAAUCAUCCAUCGGUUCCACCCACGACGUUUCGUGUUUUUGCUAAAGCAAUUGCUAUUAUUCUUUUUUUUCUUUUAAUUUGAUUUUCUGAUUUUUUUUUUUAAUUUUCGAAGAACAAACUAAAUUGAUCAAGUUGUAGCAAUUAAUAACAUAUUAUUGUAUAAGUUUCUGUUAAUUUUUUA